UUUAUUGUUAUUCUUUGAAAAUAUGUCUGUAUGUGUAGAAUAUAAAAUACUAGGAAUUUAUUUAAAUGUUUUAUGGUAAAAAUGGGAAUGUAUAUUCUACGGAAAAUAUUAAGAGAUAACUUGUUAAGUUUUAUGCAUGUUAAAAGUCAAUAUGGGACAGUGGUUAGUGUAGUUUAUAAACAAAAGAGUAAUGAAAGAUUCACCAAUGACUUUAAAUGUGGAAAGAGACAUGCAGUUAAUAAACUUGAGGAACUAUUGGGUAUUCGAAGGUACACAGCCUUGGACUUAGUGCUGAAGAAUAAGAAAUUAUGUGAAGUUAAUGGUAUGACAAUGAAAGCUAAUUAUGAUAUUUGCCAAAAAUUGAAAGUCUCCAAUGAGAUGUGCAUCAAAUUCCCUGAAAUCCUGGUUCAAGAUAAUUUAGAAGAAAGAUUUGAAAUGCUAAAGAAGCUCCCUCAUGAUAUUCAUGUAACAGCUCCUUUAGUAACAAUCAAGAUGAAAGAUUUAGAAAGAAUGACUAGUAUGGAAGAAAGGCGACGAAAUUUAAAUUUAAGAAUAGUUACAAUUAAUAGAAUACUGGGGACUGACACUGCUCAAGUCUAUGAAGCUUUUGUUUCAAAGGUGUUUCUUAUAUGUAUAGAUUUAAUGAGACUGGAGGAAAAUGCAAAAAUAUUGACAGCAAAUGGGGUUACAUGUGAAGAAAUAUUGCAUGAUUUAUGGGUCUUGAAAUAUAAUCCAAAAACAAUACAGCAAAGAAUCAACAUAGUCAAAGAAAAUAAUAUUGAAAAGAUAAAGACGUGGAUGAUCCGAAGUAAAAGGGAAAUAUUUGAAAACUACGUUAAACGGCGUUCGGAAAACAAGCUAAUAUUAGGAAAUUAUACAUUAGCAGAAUAUUUGUCUGAAAGAUUGGAUUGCAGUGUGGAUGAAGCAAAAGGUUUGAUGGUAAAAAUGCCAGCACUGAUGAACAAAAGUAUGAAGAAGAUGGAUGAAAUCAUUGAUUUCUUAUACUCGCAAGGCUUCAGACCGUAUCACAUAUGCAGAGUACCAAAAAUCCUCUUGCACAGUGUACAGACCACAAGUAAGAGAAUUCGAGAAUUGGAAAAACAAGGAAUGACAAUGGAUAGUUUGCAUAUGCUCACGAAAAGUCAAAAGCAGUACAUGCAAUUUUACGAAGCCUUGGUAAAAAGCAACCAACAGAAACUACUAGGUACUAAAUAAAUAAUAUUUAUUUCUUUUCUAA